AUGGCUAAUCUUCUUUUACCUUUUUUUUUCUUUCCUUUUAAUUGGCUUUUCUUAAUUUUUUUUUUCAUCUAUUCCUCCCUCACUGGCAUCUCUUCUACUCUCAUUUCUUCCCCUAUUACCAAUGCUCUAUUUUUUGUUCCUAUCUUAACUUUCAUCUAUUCUCCUUUUGUUUCUCACUCUUUCCUCGUUUUCCCCUCCCUCACUUUCUCACUUGCGCCUCUUCCCGUUUUUGUUCCUCCUACAUUCACUCACUCACUCACUCAUGCCUCUCCUCAAUUUAUUCCUCCCUCUAUUACAUCUCUUCUUGUUUUAUUCCUUCCUUGUUCCCUACCUCAUGCCUCUCUGUUUUAUUCCUUUUUUAUUCACUCGUCUUUCUCCUGUUCCUCCCUUUUUCACCCUUUGUUCCUCACCCAGUCACUCCCAUCUUUCACUGCCUUUCCCUCUCAUUCCUCACUUAUGUCUCUCCCCCACCUCUUCCUCUCCUCCUUUUAUUCAAUCACUUUUCAUUUUUGA